AUGCCUCUUAAUAUCUAUCUAUCUAUCUAUCUAUCUAUCUAUCUAUCUAUCUAUCUCAUGCCUUUUAAUAUCUAUCUAUCUAUCUAUCUAUCUAUCUAUCUAUCUAUCUAUCUUGAUUAUAUAUCUAUCUAUCUAUCUAUCUAUCUUUUCAGAUUUAUCUAUAUAUAUAUAUAUAUAUAUAUAUAUAUAUAUAUAUAUAUAUAUAUAUCUACGUAUUCAGAUCUAUCUAUCUUCCUAUCUUUUCAGGUCUAUCUAUCUAUCUAUCUGUUCAGAUCUGUCAAUUUAUGUCUUAAGAUCUAUCUGUCUAUCUAUCUUUUCACAUCUAUCUAUCUAUCUAUCUAUCUAUCUAUCUAUCUUUUCACAUCUGUCUAUCUGUUCAGAUCUAUGUAUCUUCACAUCUUUUCAAAUUUACCUCUCUUCCCAUUUUUCAGAUCUCUCUCUAUCACUCUCUCUCUUUAUCUAUCUAUCUAUCUAUCUAUCUAUCUAUCUAUCUAUCUGUAUUGCUGGUAA